UUGUAAAUUGUUGUAAAUUCUGCCACUGCCAUAGAAAGAACGUAUUUUUACUGUGAAUAUAAUGAAAAACAAACAUUAUUAUAUAAAUUUUCACAAUUAGGGUUAUCGUUUGGCUAAUUAAACGUUUAAAAAUGGGUGAUUUCACUACUUGGACUCGUAAAAAUGAAGAUGAAAAACCCGAAUGUCCAAGGGAUUAUUGUUUUGUGUGUUUGUGUAUGAAAGAAGAGAAAAAUGUACAAAGCUAUGCAUUUCAAUGUGGUCCUCUCAUGAAAAUACUUCAGAUGGAUUGCAUAAACCUGUGUUACCUGUGCAAAAGAAUGGCACAGCAUGCAGAAAUGUUCAUACAAAAUGUGCAGAGCAAUCAGAUACUUCUGGAAAACUUUCAAAAUGAAAUGGACGAGACACUAAAAGCAGUCCGCACACAGAUUCAACCUCUAGUCAAUUUAACAGAAGUGCCAUUAAACACAUUAGAGUUAUCCGAGAAAGACGGACAGCGUUAUGAGGACCAGUUUGUGGUUGUAUGCUCAAAGAAUAAAGGCUUGCAGGUCCAGGUGAAGAUGGAAAUGAAGGAAGAGGAUCUUAUUGAGAGGCUGGAGGGCGAGUUCAUUAAUGGCAGUGAUGAUUACCCAGAUACGUGCAUCAAAGAUGAAGAUGAUGAUUUUCCUCUAAACGCAUUGCUGAAAGAAGAAUUAGUUCUAGACAAUGAAGAUAGCCUAGGCUUUUUGAAAAACCUUAGAGCAUCAAAUAGAAAGAACAAAAUUAAGAGGAAAAAGAAAAUAAAAAAAGAAAAGGAUGAUACAAAAGUGAUAAGUAAAGCUUCAACUCAAGUAAAAAUGGUAUACAUAACACGGGACCAAGUAGCGGAGGAACGUACAAACAUGGCACAGGAUCCAAAAUACCUCACUUGUAUGUACAAAUGUGUAGAUUGUGUCAAAGGGUUCAGUUUUAAAGGCAGCUAUGAUAAGCAUAUGGAAUCUCAUAAUCAGUUUACAGGUGACUACGAAUGUGAGAUAUGUAAACAGAGAAUGGAGUCGGAAGAUAAGCUAGUCAGUCAUAUGAGAUACCAUUAUACCCGCUACAAAUGUUUAGAAUGCGGUUUGAUUCGCAACUGUAGAUUAACUAUACUAGAUCAUUACAAUUCAUAUCACUGCCAAGAUUUAUAUCUCUCCUGUCCACAUUGCAGUAAAAAAUUCAAACGUAAAGGCUCGCUACGCAAGCACAUCCACUACACACACAACCGCGGCGAGCGCGUGACGUGCGCGUACUGCCACAAGACGUACGCCGACAAGGGCGUACUGCGGGCACACAUGCGGCUGAAACAUCCCAAAGAAGUGUCAGCUACAGAAAUAACGAAGAAGUACGUAUGUCAAGAGUGUGGGAUGGCCUUCAAGUCACCUUCACUGUUGAGGAACCAUGGAAGCAAGCACUCUUACAGACGGGACUAUUACUGCGUCGAGUGUGACAAGAGUUUUAAAACGGAAGCCACAUUAAAGAACCAUUUGAAGACUGUGUCAAUACAUACUCAACACAUUCAAUUACCGUUAGCAUGUACUCAUUGUGAGAAAAGGUUUGCAAUCCGGCGAGAUCUCGACAGGCAUAUGAAUAGAAUACAUCUAAAUAUCAAGCCUUACACUUGUGACAGCUGCGAUAGGACAUACACAGACUCAUGGAGCCUGAAAAACCACAAGAAGACAGUUCACGAAGGUUACAAGAAACCUCUGAUGUAUCCCUGUUCCAUGUGCGACAAAGUUUUCAAUAGCACCCAUAUCCUGAAAGGUCACAUUCGCACCCAUACAGGUGAGCGUCCGUACCAAUGCAGUAAAUGUCCAGCUCAGUUCAGUCAGUCGAACAUACUGCGAACUCAUGAUAGGCUCAUACAUCUGCAACUCACGAGGGACGGACGACCCAAGGUCAAAUAACACUCAAGGUCAUCUAGAAUACGCAAGGUCAAAUUAUAUUCAAGGUCAUUUGAACCUCAAGGUCAAUUUGUUUGUGCUAUCAAUUAUGCAGUUGAUAUGUGAAGAAGAGUUCUGUUGUAAUGUAUUAAGAAGCUUGUUAGGUAAGACUGGAGGCAGUCUUGAAUCUAGUGGUGUUUAAAAAAGUUCAAAAGGUCGUUAUAUUUUUUUGGUUGAUCCACAGGAUACAAUGACAUUCGAUAACUAUGAAAUAAAAAAAACAAUCCAGCUAACGUAAUAUUGUGUUAAAUGCGGAAAAAAUUAAGUAAUUGUAAUUGAGAAACAUUAUAAAAUGUAAUUUGAAAUAAUAUGAAAACAAGUUAUAAUGGUGACUUAAUAUUUUUACUACAAAUGCCUCCAGCCUCAGCCAAUAAGCUUCUUCGUACCUAGAUUAUUGUUUUUGUCAAUUUUACAAUUGAAAGAAGGGUCUGUUUAAGUUGAUAAUACAGAGUAGGUACUGAUAAGUAUAAUAAAUUAAUAUAUUUCACUAUUUCUAUUUCUAUUGGGCCUAGCACCUAAUACGGCCGGUGUUCUUAAAUAUAACUCGAUCUGCUCAACAUGGCCAAUUAGUAGUAUAGUUAUCGGCACGAAUCACUUCUGCGCAGAUGUAGGUCAGAGCUCAAGAUUCGUGCCGAUCUAUACUAAACACAAUCGUCAAGCGCAGUAUUUUUAGGGUUCCGUACCCAAAGGGUAAAACGGGACCCUAUUGUUUUCGCUCCUCUCCGUCCGUCCGUCCGUCUGUCACCAGGCUGUAUCUCAUGAACCGUGACAGUUAGAGAGUUGAAAUUUUCACAGAAGAUGUAUUUUUGUUGCCGCUGUAACAACAAAUACUGAAAACUAGAAUUCAAUAAAUAUUUUGGGGGGGCAUGAUAUACAACAAACAUGAUUUUUGCUAAUUUUUGCUCUGGUACGGAACCCUUCGUGCGCGAGUCGGACUUGGCCGGUUUGUUUUGUCUUUCAUUUUCUUUUUGACUUUAGGAGAAGUACUUUUGUGUUUAUUUUUUUCCUUAAAUUACUUAAAAUGUUUGUGCUAGGCUCUCAAUUAUUUUUGUUAUCGUUUUUACUAAAAGCAAGUUUCAUGAAGACUUACUUUUAAAUACAGAGAAGAUAUUAUAAUAAUAGUCAAUGGUAUUAUAAGAGUUACUCUAUGGAUCUUUGCGGUCCGGUUG